AGGAAGAGAUGUCGGGAGAAAGCGUGGUGAGCUCAACAGUGCCAGCAGCUGCCACCCGCACCACCUCUUUCAAAGGGUCCAGUCCCAGUUCCAAGUAUGUGAAGCUGAACGUAGGCGGCGCUCUCUACUACACUACAAUGCAGACCCUGACCAAACAGGACACUAUGCUCAAAGCUAUGUUCAGUGGCCGCAUGGAGGUUCUCACCGACAGUGAAGGCUGGAUUCUGAUCGACCGCUGCGGGAAGCACUUUGGAACCAUCUUAAACUAUCUGCGUGAUGGAGCCGUGCCGCUUCCCGAGAGCCGCAGAGAGAUUGAAGAGCUGCUGGCUGAGGCCAAGUACUACCUGGUCCAGGGUUUGGUGGAUGAGUGCCAGGCCGCCCUGCAGAACAAAGACGCGUACGAGCCCUUCUGCAAGGUGCCAGUCAUCACAUCUUCCAAGGAAGAGCAGAAACUCAUAGCAACGUCUAAUAAGCCAGCAGUGAAGUUGCUGUAUAACAGAAGUAACAACAAAUAUUCCUACACCAGCAAUUCUGAUGACAAUAUGCUGAAGAACAUUGAGCUGUUCGAUAAGCUGUCCUUGCGGUUUAAUGGGAGAGUCCUUUUCAUAAAGGAUGUGAUUGGAGAUGAGAUUUGCUGCUGGUCUUUCUACGGACAGGGGCGGAAGAUUGCUGAAGUCUGCUGCACUUCCAUCGUCUACGCCACUGAGAAGAAGCAGACAAAGGUGGAGUUCCCUGAAGCUCGCAUAUAUGAAGAGACGCUGAAUAUUCUGCUCUAUGAGUCUCAGGAUGGCCGAGGCCCCGACAACGCCCUGCUGGAGGCCACGGGUGGGGCAGCAGGCCGCUCCCAUCACCUGGACGAGGACGAAGAGCGGGAGCGCAUCGAGCGCGUGCGGAGGAUCCACAUCAAGCGCCCCGAUGACCGGGCACAUCUCCAUCAGUGAGCUGAGGGACAGGUGCAGACUGCAUGGCUCCGUUCGCACAGCCGUGGCCUGACCUGCGACAGAACCAGGCGUUUUAUUUAUGUUCAGUGAAAUCUGCGGUUUCCAUUUUGUAAUGAGAGGAGACGGCCGGGGGGUAUUUAACAGGAUGUAAUUCUGUUAGAGAAACGAGGCAUCGGGCACAUGGUCAGCCUGGUAAUGCCGUAUCGGAGCACUUGGAAAAUGCCUGUAAAUUCGUAGCACUCUUUUCUACUGUCUCGUAUUUAGGAAGGAAGAGAGUGACACCCUUCUGCUCUUAGUAUUUAUUCUGCACUUUUCCUUGGGAUUUUCAAAACGGCCACCCACCUCUCUACAGGCUCCACGUUUGUCCAAGCCCCGGAGCCUAAUAUAUAGGAGCAAUGCAGCUGUCUGCCACAGUAAAGCUAACCCAACUGCUUUGCUGUAAGGUGUCCUUCUGACUGGACCCUUAAGGCAACAAGGCAGUGGGUUAGUAGCCCCAGAGGGCAUCAGCCUUUCAGUUCCAUGUCCUAGAGAAUCCAGCUGCUCUGCUUGGGCUGGAUUUGCUCGCUGUGGUACUGCUUUAGAACCAAAGCUGGCUGGCAGGUUCCAGUAAGCACGUGUAGGGCCUCUGCUAUUAAGUACUGAGAGCUACCCUGUCUAGCAAGCAACUAAAAAGCUAGCCAAGGCACAGCGUAGCUUCUCUUUUAAACCUGACUUAUAGUGGUUCCAUGAAGCUAGUGCCAUAGCGAGUAGUGGAGAACCCUCAACUUUCCUGUGGGCACAGUUAAAGGAUGUGGGCUAUUUCAACUCCUCAGUGAGGGGAGGGUUUGAGGAACAAGCUAUACUUUACCGUCUUGCCUUAGGUGGCCCUUGUAUCGGCCAGAGCUGGUCACUGCUAGAUGCUUUCCCCCCUCUUGACCUCAGAGCGGAGUUUGCGUGUUCAUGCUAGGCCACUGCUUCCCCACCUACCCCCAGCUCAACCACAAAGGCUUCUUCCCACAGCUGCCCUGAGCAGAGCUGCAGCAUGGACUGCCAGCCCAGCAGGAGCCUCUCGGACUGGAGAGACUCCCCUUGGGAAGUGGUGUAGAAGCCCCUUUCAGUGUCUUGUGGACCAUGUGCAGUUAUUCCUUGUCAGUCCAAAGCUCCUGGGAAGCAGCAGCUGUGCGAGGGGGACAGAGCUGAAAUCCUGUGUAUAAAAUACUGUAUAGAUCUAGUUUUCUAAGAUUGCUCUUCUAUUGCAAAUGAAUAUUUUAUCUACCUCCUAGUCUCUUGUUGCCUAUUAUGGAGUCAAGUAGCAAUUGUAGUGAAAUCUCAUGUAUUAUUCAGAGGAGUUGGAAAUUAAGGGAUAAGAAUAGGAUUAUAAUGGUACCUACUGCUUCAGGGCUCAAAGCCAGUCCCUACUGGGCAUGGAGGCCAGACCUUCUAGGGAGGAAGAUCAGUAGACAUCUUCCUCUUGUAGAGUCUCUUUCACUGGAAAGAUCUGGUGCUGACCUCUGGAGAAAGGGAUCUGGACUAGAUGGACCACAGAGCUGAUGCAAUGCAGCACUUCCUCCCACCUUUUUCCCCCAUAACCUGGUUGGCAGGAGGUUUGAUGAAAGCAAGGGUUAUACAGUGAGAUAAGGGUGCUCUUGGUUCCAGCAGCGUUGGUCAUGAAGUGAUGUGUUAGCAUUUGAAAUACCAAAGGCAGUGCUCACCAGCUAGCAUCACCACAGAAAUCCUUAAACAGUCCCGCUCACAGAGAGUAAGCAUUCAGCCUUCUCUGUGACGGGUGGUACAGCUCCAAGCGUAGGCUUAAAGAGUUUGCAGACCAUUUCCAUCAGCCAAAGAAUUCAAGUGCUAAACCAAUACUAUCCUCCUGGCAGCUGUGUGUAUAACAUCCGUCUCAGCCCUCAUGCAUCAAUAUAAGCAGUGUCUGAAUCAGACAUCCAAGUUCCUGUGACACAAACUAGUCUCAAAACCAAGCAGAGUGAAUUAUAAUCUAAUUAAACUGCUUAGCAUCGUGAGUUAUCACUUUGUAACUUCCAGUCACAGGCUUCAUUAAAGUGCAGUCAUUUCUGU